AUGGCUACUUCACCCUUGACAAAGACUGAGCUCGAGGCUGCCAUAGCAAAAUAUGGACCAGUUCUUCAAGUACAUCCAGACGAGAAAUACGACCUCUGCUCCAUUGAAUGGUUCCUCGCCCACAGCACUCUGGUUGACAGCAAGCCACCAACAUCGACCAUCAUGCAUCCUACCGAAACGCAGCUUCCAGGGCCACCCAAAGAAGACAAACGAUACUACUUCAACAUCGAAGAUGCUGUCAAGCCCGGCAACUUCGACACAGCGAAAUCCUACGUCAACGCAUUCUGGACGCCAGGCAUGUCAUACACUGACAUCCAGUUCUGGUACUUCAGCGCAUAUAAUGGCCAUGGAACCGCUCAGUUCAGUAGCCUGGUCUUCAACAAGGUGCAGAACCAAGGAGACAUCAAUCUGGCUCCACUCGGCGAGCAUGUUGGAGACUGGGAAUAUGCAGCCACGAGGAUCGACAAUACCACCAAGGAGAUGAUUGGAGUGAUUCUUUCGGCCCAUGGAAAGAACACCUUGUAUGAUAAGGCGACUGUAGCGAAAGAUUUCAAGAUGGUAGAUGGAACGCAUCCCGUGGUUUACUCGUCCCUGAAUGGACAUGCGAACUUCCCCACGGCUGGUCCAAACUUCACUGAGCAUCGCAAGGUCCUUGGUAUUCCAGCAGGGCUGGAGUUCAACCUUCUGAACUCCACAGCAGAUGGGGGGAAACAGCUUGAGUGCUCCAAGAGAUAUCAAGUCGUUGCAGCGAAAUGGCUGGAGGGUACACCUGAUGCGUAUGUCAUUCCUGCAUGGGUGAGUUAUCCAUAUCGAUGGGGUCCAGAAGGAACCGCUAUUACGAUGGACUCGAAGACGUUGGGGGACUUCAUCAAAGCUGCUCUGGGAAAGGAUGCAUCGACGUUGCUGGACACGCCGAUUGUUCUUUUGGCUUCGGAGUUGCUGCAUAUUUUUGUGAAGGCGGACAUCAAUGGUGCAGCUGCACCGGCGACGCAGAACCCAUGGAGUGGGCAUUACUGA